UAGCUCCGAUUCGUUACAUUGUGUAUGUACACACAUGCACGAAAUACUAUUACAUACGGUACAUUUGUUUAUAUUGCUGAAGCGGUUGUAAAACUAGUUUGGUUUGGAAACAAAUUUUGUGGAACGUGAACUCAACAAAAGACUACAUUGUCCACUAAGACAGAGAAUCUAAGACGGUGAUGAUUUGUUCCAAGUAGCCUAAUAAAAAUGAUGAUGCUGUGAGAAUGCAGUGGCCGACAAAACAUGAUGCAGCGUAUGAGCUCACCGGCAGUAAGGUACCGUAACCAUGGCAACCCCGUGGGACGAAGUUUUCAGGAGGCAAACUACAAGCCAGAAUCGAGACCCUUGCCGUCACGUUAUGCAAACACCACCCCGCCACGUACCUACGAUGACGAAGAUUCUCUGAUUACCGGGUCUGGGCUGGACACAAGCUUUGAGCUCAUGUCAGCCACUCAGCUACGAGAACAGCUGAGGAGGGAGCAGCAGAAGAGGAGAGACAAGGAGAGGGAGGUGGACACUCUGAAGCGAUCCACCAACAGCUUGAUGGGUAGACAGGCCCGGCACAGCCCCACCGGGAAGAUGCAAGACAGCCCCAUCAAUGGCCAUGACUCAGACAGUGGGAUAAGCCACACCCUGUCCAACUCCCAAGGCCAACCCAAGACUUCACCCCGCCCUCUGCACUCCUCGCCCCUCCUCCACGUUGACGUAGAUGCCAGCCCCUCCAGACACAGCGCCAGGACCCCCGCCCCUCGCUCAACCGAGGAGCCCUGGGGUUUGACCGGGGCAUCGGGGGCGCUGAAGAGCCUGCAGGACGGAAUGUACGAGAGCGAACAGAGGCGGCUGACGCUGGUGGAGAAGCUGCGAGAGGCACAUGAGACACUGCAGCGACAGACUGAGCGAUUAUGUGAGAGUGAAGCGAAGCUAAACGACAGCCACUACACCAUUGAAAAUCUGUCCACCACCAAUGAGGACUUGAAUAAACAAAUUGCCAGCCUCCAGAGGGAAAAGGACAGAACCGUGGAGGGCAGGCAGGAGAUCAUUCGUCAGAACGAGAAAUUACAGCAAAGGGUGGACGAGCUGUAUCAAGAGUUGAAGAUGACCAAGUUUUCGCAGGAGAGUCUUCAGGCGGAGCAGCGGAAGCGCGAUCAGGUCGUCGAGCAGACGUCCAAAGCCUUGGACAUGAUGGAAGAGGAGAAUAAGAAUUUCCAACAAAUGAAGGAGAGCAUGAUAAAGGAAACAAAGGCCCUGCGAGAGAGCCUACAGAUGGCCCGUGCCAAGGCGGAGAAACUGGAGCUGGAUAACAAGGAGCUAGACAAAAUUGCAGAGAAGCACGAGUUGUUAGCUGCCCACAAUGCGGAACUGAACAGCCAAUUAGUGGAGGAGAGAAGAGCAAACACUGACCUGGACCAGCAAGUUGACCUCUUGCGGGCGGAGCUAAUGAAAGCUAGAGAGGAGAGGGAGGUGUUCCAGAAUCGUGCAACACAACUGGAGGACAAAUGCGCUGACCUCAACGCCAAGUGCGUCAGUUCGUCUGCCUCCAAAGAGAGACUCUUACAAGAGAAGCUUGAUCUACAGCAACUCCUUAAUCUUGCCACCCACGAAAAGGAGCAGAUGAACAAGACCAGGCAGACACUUGAGGGGAAGUUGACAGAGCUUCAGCUGGAGGUGACCCAGAGCAAGCUGUUGGUGGAGAAGAAGGAAGAGGAGAUGGAUAAGAUGGCGGACGAACUCAACGCCGUCAAAAAGGUGGGGGAGGUGCUGUCGUUGGAGUUGGCAGCGGCCAGGACGAGCCUGGAGAAAGUCCAGGAGGACAUCAAGCAGCUGAGCGCCGACAAGCGGGCAGUGCAGCAGCAGCAGACGUACUGGGAGAACGAAGCCAAGAGACUGGCCUCGGAGAAGGAUGCACUGGACAAGGCUCUGGAACAGCACAAACAGGAAUUCAAGAGGGAGCGAGAACAGUUGGAGGAACAGCACCAAAUGAUCAAAGAGAACAUGAAGGAGAUCCGACAAGAGAAGAGCAAGGUGGCCUCCAAGUGCCAAGAACUGGAGACAAUGCUGCAACGUGCCAACGAAGACUUGCGAGAUGACAGUCUGCAGCACCAGGAAGAGUUGGAGGAAUGGAAGGCAUCGUCGGACCGCCUGACUGCCUCCCUGAGCAGGAAGGACAGCGAGAUCAUGGCACUAGCCGAGAAACUUGAGGAAGCACAGGAGAAGCACGUUCAGCUGAAGUCGGAGCUGCAAGCGGCCAGGAUCAAGCAGGAGCAAUACGCGGAGUACCGGGACGAAGCAGACCGGCUGAGGGAAGAAAAUAAACAGCUGACACAGGACCACGCCGAGGACCAGCAGGUCAUCCAUCUGCUGGAGAUGCAGAAGAACAUCCUCUCCAAGGGGCAGAGUCCUGGAGGUCAGCGGAUGACAGGUGAGCAGCUGCAGGCCCAAGUCGAUCAUCUGCGAGCCGAGCUGGGAUUGGCUGAGGACAAAGUGAACGAGCUGAGGGAAGAGCUAGCGCGAGAGAGAGCCCAAGCCUCUCUGGCGCUGGACAUGCCCGACAGCGUGACCAGACGAUCGGCAAGGAGCACCCCUGUACCCUGCCACAACUGCCAAGAGCUCGCCGACCAGAUAGUCAAGCUGCAGGAACUCAAUUCUCUGCUGUCGGAACGAAUACACAGAAUAGAGAAUGACAGCCACCAAACCUCUGCCCGCUCCAAAACUGUCUCGGAGCUUCAAGACAAGUGCCGGCACCUGGAAGAGAAGUCGCAAGCUCUGGAGGAAGGCAAUCGACAACUCUCAACAAAAGUCUCCCAACUUGAGUCCGAGAGGCGCAACUUGCAGAGCCAGGCCAUGGACUCUGUGUCAAAGGUCGAAUAUGACCAGUUGGAGAGGGAGCGGACGAGACUGAAGCUGGACUGCGAGCGGCUGAAGUCGGACUACCACGAGCUUGAAGGGCGUCACCAACGAUUCGUGACUGAUCACUUGUCCCGGACACUGGACAGCACGGGUCUCGGGGCAUCUCUCACUGCACAGGAUUACAGAGAUCAAUUGGAAGCGGAAAUCCGCAAGCUCCAGGCGGAGAACGACGCUCUGAAGCGGCAAAUCGACCACCUGAACAGCCAAGCUCUCCUCGCUGACAACGCCAAGAAACGAUCAGACGAUAAAAUAAGAAUUCUCGAAAAGGAAGCCCAUGAGAUGCAGGCAGAGCUGACAAAGCAAAAACGAAGGCAGUCCCCGAUUCCAGACAGCGAGUCAGCCCUGCGCUCCCAACUUGUGGAGCGCAGCCAUACCAUCAACCAGCUGCAGGCGGAGAUGGCCGCCAAGAAUGUCGCCCUGGAGACCAUGAGGCAGGGACUGGAUGCAAGGGUGGACGGCAAGAACCAAGAGAUCGGCGAGCUGAUGAGGGAGAAGGAGGAGCUGAAUGAGACGAGGAGGAGGCUGGAACAGGAGAAGCUUGUCCUAGAAAUCAAGGUUGAUGAGCAGCGGUCUGUCAUUGAUCAGCUGCGAGAGGAAAAACCUCGCAUCUUGGAGGACAAGGAUACCAAGAUAGCAGAGCUGCACGCUGAGUUCAUCCAGGCCGAUAGAAAUGCCAAGAAACUGGAAAACGACCUCAGGAACAUGCAGGAAAAAUUACUUGAGAAAGACAGUGAGCUGGUUUAUCUGCGUCUCCAACAAACCACAGAGCUGGAAAGUGCCCAAGAAGACACCCUGAAACAGGUGAAGGAGCUGCAGGGCCUCAUCCUCAAGAAGGAGAACGAGCUGGGGGACCUUCGACAGGAACUCCAGGCCAAGAGCAGAGACUUUCGUGAGCUCCUCCAGGCCAAGACCCGCCAGGACUUGGAGCUGGAGCAGAUCCGGGAUGAGCACGCCCACCGAGUGGAGCAGCUGAGCAGUGCCAACAAGCGACAGGAGGAGGAGAUUAUAGCCCUGCGGGAGGAGCUCAACGCCCUACGGGAGCAGCUCCGGAGGCUGCGUGACUGCCAGGAGGCGGACACCGAGAACUUGAAGGAGAGGCUGAGCGAGGCAGCCCGGGAGACGGCCCGGCUAAAAGAGGGCCGGGAACGGGAGGUGACAGACCUCCAAGAUGAGCUGAUGAGGAAGGAGUCGGAGAUUCAGAGGCUGCUGUCGCAGAAGGGGUCAGAGGUGGCAGGCUUGGAGGAGCAGCUGAUGGACACGUCCAGGGAGCUGUCACGCUACAAGGACAGCAAGGAGAAAGAGGUGACAGACUUGAGGAAUGAGCUGGCAAGGCGGGAGUCAGAGCUUACCAAACAGAUUGAGAAGAAGGAAGGCAUCAUCAUGGCCUUAGAGGAGGAGCUAGAGGAUGAAAAGCACAGGAAGCCAAGACUUAUGAAGCAAUCUAUGAAUGCUGUGGAGGAGGAGCUGGCCUCAGUGAAGGGAGACCUGCAACGCGUCAACGGCAUGAUUGACAUCAAACAGUCACAAAUUGACGAGCAGAACAGCCGGCUCAAGGACUUGGAGUCCAAGAGAGAGGAACUCCAGAGAGACAAAGCAGAAAUGAGAAGAAAACUUGAGGCUGAACUUGACGAGAACAUGGACACUAUCAGAGACCUGAACCGCAAGAUGGACCAGCAGAAGACCGAAGUGGAGCUCUUGAGAGAGAAGUGCAAAGCCCUAGAGGGCCAGUCUACUGACACGAGCGUGCAAGGGGAUCGGGACGAAUAUUCCAAAAGGUUAGAGAGCAAGAUCCAGGGUCAGGAGGAGGAGCUACAUGCCCUGAACCGCUUGGUCACCGAUCUCCAGAAUCGCAACAAGAAGCUGGAGCAGACGAGAGACACCCUGCAGGAGAGCGUGGAGACCUACCGGGGGCGGAACAAGAAGCUGGAGGAGGCGGAGAAGCUCCAGAAGAAGGAGAUGGAAACACUGAAGGAAACAGCGGGAGCCCAGUGCACCAAGUGUAAGCGCCUAGAGGCCCAGUACGAGGAGGUACUUGGCGAGAAGGAGAGCCUGGAGGAAGAGAACGAGGAACUCCACCAGGAGGUGGAGAACCUGGAAGGGCUGCUCAACAUACAGCAGCACGAUGCCAAGAAGAGCCAACAGAAACCCAAGGAAGCAGCCAAGAAAUCGCCGGUGAAGGAGGAGAUACCGGUCACACAACAAACCCCAAAAGAAUCCAAGAGGCCUGGCUCUGGGUCUGGUUCCCCAUCUCCCCGCGGUGCCUCCCCGGUGCCAAAGAAGGUGGCCAACCCCUUGGAGCUGGCCGCCGCCCUGAAAAGGCUGUCCAACAAAACGGCCGCAGAUGCCGCCGCUAAGCGCACCUCAGCGGACACCUCCCCAGACUCCAGGAAGGGAUCGCAGGAUGGCCCCUCGUUCGAGGCCAGUGGGGCCUCAAUCCGUGGCCUGCCAGAGGCUGGCCGGUACGACCAGAACCGCCGGGCCUCCCUGAAUGCCAUGGAGGCUCGACUCCAGGCCCUGAAGAGCUCCAGUCAGGUCAAGCCAGUCAAGGGAAUCCUGGAGAAGAAAGAACCUGGAGCCUCGGGGGAUCAGCCUAAGAAACAGGCUCGUUUCGUCCUACCAUCCAGCAGGAAGUUUGAUAAACCCCUAGUUGUUGGGACGAAAGACGAUAGUCCGUCUGAUGUGGCUCAUCCGGUGUGAGUGUGGGGAGCCUACAGCACGUGGAGAACCAGUUGAUGCGCUAAGCCAUUCUUGGACCAAAUUGCUGAAUAACUAUUUGCCCUCUGUUGGUUGAUUCUCCAUUUCCCUUGUGUGCUUUCAGGGAAUAGACACAUUUUCCACAUCGUAUCUGUAUCAAAACGGAACAGCCCCUAGAUAAUACUGCAUGAAUGCCAUGUGAAGGUUUCAUUCAUUUUUAAAACCCCAACACUAUUACUCUCGAAUUUUUUAUUUUGUCAAUUUCAUUUUAUUGGGGUUUUGAAAUUCUGUGAUGUUUAAAAAAAAAAUUCAUUUUAGUGAAAAUAAAUACAUGUAAGUCGAGUGGUUUUGUGUAUUACAUGAAAUGUAUAUUUAUUACAUGAUUAAUUCUUCUCCGUCCAGUUGGUUUAAAUGACAUUUUAAAUAAGAUGCCUUGAUUAAGGCCAGAAAGAGUAAUUAUGCUUUCUGUUUUCCGACCUGCCCUAUUUUGACUGCGGGAUCCCUAAGUGGUUUUUUUUGGGGGGGGGGGCCAGGGGGAAGGAAAAUAGGGGAGAACGUGUAAUUGCAAAUACAGAAAAAAAAAACAAUCUUUUUCAAACGUUAUGCAUAAAACGAGUAACCUGGUGUGGUUUAUUUCAAUUGAUACAAAUGCCUGUUAUUUUUUUGAGUUAACACUAUACUGUUUACUGAAUCACUAUAUAAAUACGAAUUCAAACAUGCCUAUCUACCUACUUUCAUGUACCUACCCUGUUUCUAGAUGCCAGUUUGUUUUGGUUUUGCUUUACUGUUUUCUCCACUUUUGUGUGAAUUCAGGGAUGUCUGUAGAGAAAUACCAUGAGAGUCAGCUUGGAAAAAUUCUUAGCUUCUUCUGUAAUGUCCUCCGUCCAGUUUACAGUCCAGUUUGAAGUGAAUUCCACGGGGGAGGUCUACAUUCAACGUCUACUUUUGUAGUCGAGACCCCCAUUACGACCACAGCAAGACCCCGGCAGCAAGUCCAUGACUCGCAUGCUGUCUGAAUUCAAAGUCACACGCUAUACAAAUGAAUUGCAUGACAAGCAUUCCUCUGUCACGGUUCAUCUCAUCACUUGGGUCUGGUCUUGUGAUGGUCCCGAGUAAAAUGCUCCCUCAAACUAGACAAAUUGUUUCUCUGGGUUAUAUUGUUCAGAAGCGACUGAUCCAGUUACGUUUGAACUCCACUGCUGAAAUAAAAUUACCAACCAGCUUAUCUAACUUUCUAUGACACUGCACUUUAGCAAACAGAAGUGUCCUGUAUUUUAUUUUGAAUUUUAAAUAUUUUUUAUAUUCAUAGACCUUGUGACUCAUUUGGUAUUUUGAUCUGAGUAAUUUUUCAUACAAGAUCUUGUUCAUAUGUGUAUAUAUAUUUUUUGUUUCCAUUUUUCAUCAUAAUGACUCAAAUUCAGGUUUUUGUAAUGCAGUAUUGGACAAGCGCACUCAUUUGAACAUGCGCCACGAACGCAACUAAUCAGUUUGAAGAGUAGCUUCAGAAAUGUGUGAAUGUAGUCAUUCAGUUUCAAUGUACGUGAGUUUUCCAUCAUUUUCUAUGCAAAACAAUCCUAUGCAUUAAAUAUGUCAAAACUGUGUUCCAACUUCCAAUUUUCCAUAACAUUACAAUAUAUUUUUUUCAUAACGUCAACAGAGAGACAUAUUUUUUACUCUUUAAAACAUCAUUAUGUUUGUAGUACAUGUAUUACUAGUGGGUAGGCGAAAAGUGGACUUUUAUCAGGCAUUAAAAUUACAAACCAUGUCUUGGGGACAGCAAACUCUUCAUUAAACCCAGAAAAUGCUUAUUUGAAA